AUGAACAGAAGUUCUAACGGCUGCUGGACUUGUCGACUACGGCGCAAAAAGUGCGAUGAGCAUCGUCCUAUUUGCAAUGAGUGCAUGACGCUCCACAUCUCUACCUGCAAUUACGGCGCCAAGCCGGCAUGGAUGGACGGCGGUAUAAAGCAGGAAGUCAUGACCAAGAAGAUCAAAAACGAGGUCAAGCAGCAUGCUCCUUAUCGCCGCCGUGGUAAACGGGAGUCGACUACCUCUAAUCUCAACGUUUCUAUUCCAGGACUUGCAGAUCGGAAGAUCGCUAGUUUCAAUAUCCCUCUUCCAGAAUCUGAAGUUCAAAGUGAAGUCAGUUCGUAUACACAUGAUACUAGCGCGACUUCUCCAGAUAUCUCGACUGUCGCUUCUCCUGUUAACACCCAAAAGAUCUGUAAGCAAGUACUACAGAUAAGACCAUUCGCACAGUCGGACUCAGUGCUACUUGUUUUUUACCUCGAACGCAUCCUUCCGUUUCUAUUUCCUUUCUAUCGGCCUGCGCCACUUCAUGGCGGCCGAGCAUGGAUUUUGGAUUUGGCUAUCAGCAGCCCUGUCGUCCGUCAAGCUAUCCUUUGCCAGAGCUCAUAUUUCUUUGCAUUGGCACACGGAACUUCUACCAUCAAAGACGAUCGUAUGUGGGAAGCUUUACUCGAGCAAACGAGAGAUGCUUUUACCAUGUUACGCAAUUCUAUAACAAUCAUCGAGAGCUACAACGAAAAUGAGCACAUACUUGGUAGCGUUCGCGCUAUGGCUGCUGUCAUGCAGCUACAACGUUUUGAAAUUGCCAUCACUUCAUUUGACAAUUGUCAAGCGCAUCUCAAUGCUGCCUUAACAAUUUUCAGGAAAGUCGUUGAUGUCGUUGGAGCUGACAACCUAGCUAGCUCUUCCAACACAUUUCAAAGUAUUCUCAGUCUUCUGGGUCCACCUACAUGGAUUCUGCCGGCCCAACAAGCUGAGAUAUCCAGCUCUGAGCAAGCUGCUUUUCGCUUCUCAACAGCUCUGUUGAUUUUCGAUGACAUCAUCGCCAGUACCGCUUUCCAGGAGCGUCCGAAGUUGUACGACUAUCACCAAAGCCUCCUUUGUAAAAGUGAUGGGGUCGAUGCUGUCCCUCCUAUCAACCUUGAAACUACUGUGGGGUGUCAGAAUUGGGUGCUCAAACAAAUUGGCGAGAUCGCAGUUUUGGAUGCAUGGAAAAAACACUGCAAAGCAGCUGGCAAUCUGGAUGUUAUUGAGCUAGUACAGCGCGCAGCAGCAAUCAAGAAAACGCUAAAGGCUCAUGUAUCGCGUUUUGAAUCCGAUCUGGUAUCUGUACCCCAGGAGAGCAACUUACUGGACGACAUGUUUGCAGCGGAAGACUACACUGGACAAGCUCGGACAAUCGCUCGGCAAACCUCAUUAGUAACACGGAUUUGGGCACAUAGUACCUUCCUUUACCUGUCUGUUGUCGUAUCCGGGUGGCAACCUGCCAACCCUGAUGUGAGGUAUCAUGUAGCUCAAGUUCUCGAGCUGUUGACGCAUCAUGUAUCACCUCCAGCAUUAUUGCGGACAAUGGCCUGGCCAUUUUGCGUCGUAGGAUGCUUGACGGAAUCUGCGCAAAAAGCCCGGAUACGCGACAUGGUAGAUUCUCUACGACCGGCCAGCCGCUUCAGCACUGUACGCCGCGGGUUCGAUAUUAUAGAAAAGGUGUGGAACGAUAGGGCCAUGGGCAAUGCUGGCGAAUUCGCUACAUAUUUUCGAAGUGACACCACUCUUGUGCUACUCGUUUGA